AUGCCAGAAUCUCUUUAUGCUGCGUUUGCCGUACCCAACUUCGACGCUAAUGAAUACGCAAAUGCCAUACUUGCUGGAGAACCGUUCCCUCCGCCACCACCCGUCACAUCUGGGGACUCUUCACAAACUCAUGCGGGCAAGGUAACAAAAGUCGCUCCAACGUCAUCUGAACCGGCAAAAGAAGAUAUUUCUGUCGCAAUUUCGAAGCUAACUCUUGGUAUCGAUGACGUCUCUAAGCAGCUCAAAAAUGUGGUGACCAAUAACCAUGAAACUCUCCUUAUUCAAGCUGCUGGUGUAGGCGCCCUUGAAGACAAAUUGCAGACUGUGAAAUCUGGAUUGGAAGAGGUAUCCGCUUCUCAGGACAAGCUCCGUACGAAGAUUCGAACACCAUGUACUGCUCUUGGGGUAUAUGCUUCGCGUCUAGCACGCCUUCAGUGCGCAGCCGAUGCCUUACGGAGAACUGCACGCUUCGUGGUUCUAGCACGUAGGCUGGAAAGUCAAAUGACAGAGCUCUCUCGCUUGUCUACCGAAGAUGGCUCGGAUCCGGUAUCCGCUAGAGAUGGAAAGGAUGCAAAACGUAAUGUCGGUGGUUCAGGGGAGUCUCGGCGACGAGAUAGUGAAGCUCGGAUAAGUGUUUCGGAAAGGCGACCGAGUGAGGAUCACUUGAGCUUAGGUAGCGAAAGCGAUAAAGAACGUGCCAUCGCAAAGGCAGCUCUAACGGUUGCUGAACUAGUCGCCCUCCUUGACGCGCCGCCAGAUGAGGGCCGACCCAGCAAUGCAUUAGAACAGGGUAUUGGUGCCGAAACGACAACACAAUCGCCGCUAGAUGAAGACUUUGAAGUCACCGAGAUUCCCCUACGCUCGAUACACGCCGUGACAGGCUAUAUCCCCGCGAUCGAGUCCGCUCGCACAAAGAUUUCUUCCGAGAUGGAAAUAAUGGUUCUUACAGGCCUUGGUUCUCUUAACCGUUCGCUACUUGCCUCGUCGCUGCAAACAGCUCACAACCUUCGUGUGCUCCCAAAUCUCGUGCAGUCCCUCCUUGCAGAUCUAACCGAUGCGGUUGAGCAACGCAUCAAGCUAGCGUUUGAUAUAUCGAGAAUUUCGAAGGAACUUAAUGCCAAAGAACAGACAUCAACUGCCUCUGGGCUGUUAUAUCGGUCUCGAGUACGAACGGAGCCGACGAAUGUAACGGCUCCGCAGUUCGGUGCGGCUCUAUGGACUAGACUGGAGGCUCUGAUUGGCGAAUUAGCGGAUUGCUGUAUCAAGGUAUAUACCCUUGAAAAGGUUCUCCAACUUAAGAAAGACACCGUGACUCAGACAAAUUUCAUGGAUGAAGCGAUGAAGGUGCUUGAAAAUAAGCCUAGUUCAACGUUCUGGACGGUUUUGGCAAGGACGCUUGAGAAACAAUGCAAAGAUGCUUCCCGAAAUUCAACGUUCAUGCAACAAACGUUAAGUUCGGGUUAUCCCCGUUUACUUCGCCUCUUCCACGAGUUUUUCGCAAAGAUUGCUGUUCAUACGGAUACGAUAUAUACACAGGACAAGCAGAGCCCUGAAACCAUCCUUAUUUUACGGGCUCUUUCCGUCUUUGAACAAUCGUACCUUCAGCGCUCCGCGAAUCGACUAAAUGAAGUUGUUGCACAAAGCGUCGCGGGCGGUGCUCGUGCUCCACCUGCCAUGGGUGAAGGCUUGGGAAUAGCUCGUGCGGCUGCGAACGAGCUAGACGCAGCUAAAUUUGACCCACUUCUGAUCAAGGCUGUCGCGAAAAAUGUUCAAUCGAGCUUGGAGUUGCUUUUGACAAGAUUAGACCCUCUAAUCGUGCGAGAUAGAUGGGCGACAAGUCUCCUGGGUCCGGUCAGUACACCUCAACAAACGCAGAAUGCACAAGUCGCAACGUGUCUAUAUCAUUGCGCUACGCGGUUUAACAGCCUCGAAGGCGAAUAUUCGGAGUCAGUCAUCGCAAUUCUUCAACCUUCUGUCAGGGAGCUCCACCGUACGUAUGAUAGAAUCGUGGAGCCACUGCUCAGUGCUAUCCGAAGGGAGCUUAGUGCCAUACUUGCCAAAAUGCAUAAGCUCGACCUUGGGGCUCCUGAUGCUUCUGCCGGAAUGGGUGGUCCGAGCACGUACAUGAAAGAUCUAGUCGAGAAGCUGAACUUUGUUAAGACGGAGGUACUUGCCAAGUUCAAUGUUGGGGACGCGUCUCGUGAAUGGGUGGCGACGAUUGCAAAGAAUGUCGUCCGUUCAUUCGUGCUAAAUGCAUCAAUAGCAAACCCCCUUGGCGAAGGCGGAAAACUGCAGCUCACGAGUGACAUGACUGAACUUGAAUUUGCAUUGAGCGCGUUUAUGGCAGACGGAGGGUCCCAGCGAGCGGUUAGACUAGACGUUAUUGGCGACGAUUACCGUGCAUUGCGUGCAAUGCGCACUUCGGGUCUUCCUCCAUUAGUCGUCUUACACCACAUUCUUGUACGCUCACCGCUUCCUCUACCGCAUUCUCUGCAUGGAUGGAGUGAAGCUGAGUACGUCCGCUGGGUAGAAGAGCAUACCGAAGAGGAAGCUCUCACGCUUAUAGACGGUGUUCUUAUCCACUGGGAAAAGAUCAACGAGCCUGGGUCCGAAUCUAUCAUCGAUCAAGAUCCGGAGAAAGCGAAGGAGUUUGUUCAACUAGCUAUCUCAGACGAAACUGGUGGACUCGAGGACAAGGUAGUCUGUCUUCUGGGAAUGAUGGACGGCCAUCGAAUAAGGUCGUCAGAUGCGCCACAAGUAUUCUCCCCAUCGAAUCGUCCCAUCUUCAAUCAAGAUCAAGUCAUUGGCGGACAUGUCUGCUUGCCUCUCUUGAUCGCAACGCUGGUCUUAACCAGGGCGGUAACCCGUCGCCAUCCGGCACUAGUUAAUCUAUUAGUGCUGUGGAUGGCGUACGCUACGGCGUGCCUAAUCUUGCUUUACUCUGGAGAGCAAAGUAAGAGAGAGCCAAGUUACGCCGUUUGCUUGGCGCAGGCGUCAAUGAUUUAUGGGAGUAUUACAGGGGGGGAGAUUGCGACGUUAUGCCUCGUCUUGCAAUUAUGGAUGGAGUUUCAGUUUCGAGGCCAAACGUUCUACAAGCAUUCUAAGCUGUCUACUAUAUUGCUGCUACUAGCCCCCUGGACUGUGUUCCUUUUCUUCAUGAUUCUCGCUCUUAUCAUUGGACUGAAAGAUCCGUCAAUUGUCACAAACAAAUGGGUCUUCUAUUGCACAGUGUCGUCAAACUUCAUAGCAGAGUAUACACUGUUAGUGCGAUGUGCCUGGUGACACUAGUGCUUAUCCUUGUCUUCCAAGGCUUGGUCCACCGCUUUCUUUACAAAUCCAGCAGAGCCAAGGCAAUUGACCAGAGCUCACUCCGUUUGUCACUUCGGGUGACCAUCUUCACACUCUUUUCCCUCGUCUCGUUCAUCGUCGGAAUUAUAAUCGCUUUCGAGCCAGCAGACCCAGCCGUCUACGUUCUCAUAUCACUACUACCUCUCGUUACGUUCCUUAUAUUCGGGACUCAGAAAGAGAACCUGCGACUAUGGUUCAGAGUGGGGAGAAAACCACUCCGACGUGUCCAACUGGAACCGAUAACAUUUAAAACAGGCACUGUGCGAGGGUCUGGAUAUUCCCAUUCAGAUAAGGACCUAGAUAAACCUCUUCCUCGUACCCCACGAUCGCCUGAUGAAAACGGAAAUGUGUUGUUACAGGGCCCAGGAGAGCAACUGGCGCCUUGCGAUUCCGGUGUUGGCUAUCCGAGUAUAUUCGGCGGGCAACUCGGAGUUCCUCUAAUACUUCUCACUCUGUAUACUGCCAAAGGAGUGAGAAGACACCCGAUGCUCGUGAAUUUCCUCGUUACUUGGGUCAUUUACUCGGUUUCAUUCUGUAUCCUCCUGUACCUUGGAAGACAGUUUGGUCCUGAGCCUCAUCACGGUCUCUGCGCUGCUCAGGCAGCGUUAAUUUACGGGACCGCUGUCAUGACGCCAACAGCAGGCCUCUCUUUCAUUUUAAACCUCUGGUUUAGUCUCCGUGCUGUCACCGAGAACAAGUCAAUCGCCACGAACCAGACAGUCAGGAAUUACCUACUGAUUGCUGCUCCAUAUGGCGUAUUCGUAGCCUUCGUCAUUUUCACCGCUUCUGUAAGGAAGAUUCUGAGGCCGUGCUUAAUUGCAAUUAAGUUGUAUCGAAUGCACAAGGCUUUUAAGGACAUGAGAAACAGCGGACCACCGCUUCACCUUAUAGUCAGAGUCGGAAUUUUCAGUAUCUACUCAUUUCUCUCCAUUGUUGCUUGCAUUGGUUUCUGGUCAAGAACAGGAGCAGAGCUACCCUACAUAAUCCAAGCUUCACGAUGGAACAAACAUUCUAGAGUGUACAAAAUGCUUCUAAUUGUUGUGAAGAUACUGGAUGGCAUUAUCCAGCCACUCGGCUUUACUUUCACACACAAGUCUGAUGAAAUCCCUCAUCAGUCAAAGAGAACAUCCGAUCAAGCAUGCCCUUCAGUCAUCUCUUCGAUACAUAUUGACAGCACUCCUACUCAACCUGUUGUGUCAUUCCCCCUUCACUUUUGCAACUUUUGUUCGCCUGAGACGUUUGGUUCUUUCAAAGACGUGCAUAAUCCAGUGACAUGCAAUCCGGAUUACCCUCGUUUUAUUUCCCACUACGUGAGGACAAUAGUUCCACAGAUCCUUGGUGGACACGUCGGAAUUCCUAUGAUUCUACUAACUUUACGUAUUGCCAAAGGCGUGAGGAAGCACCCUAUGCUUGUUAAUUUCCUAGUUACCUGGGUCAUUUAUUCGACUUCCUUCUGCAUACUACAAUUUGGUCCGGAGCCAAGCCCGAUCCUCUGCAAUAUCCAAGCAUCUCUAAUUUACGGAACUGCUCUUUUGACGCCGACUGCAGGACUGUCAUUUGUUCUUAAUCUCUGGCUUAGUCUUCGCAAUGUGACAGAAAAUAGAUCAGUUAUUAGUAACCACACGAUACGCAACUAUUUGCUCAUGGCAGGUCCAUAUACUGUCUUUAUGGUAGUUGUUGGCUUGACUGCAGCACUAUACCAAAUGCACACGGCCUUUGUGAAUAUGAGGUCGAAUAGUAGUCCUCCGCGAGAGCUCAUAGUAAGAGUUGGAAUAUUCAGUGUCUAUUCGUUUCUGGCUAUUGUAGCGUGUAUUGCAUUUUGGCUAGAGACAGGUGCUGAAUUGCCUUACAUCAUACAAGCCUCCCUACCAACUGCAGCAUUUCUGAUAUUUGGAACACAGAGGGACCUACUCGAAGCUUGGGGUGUAGUUCGCUUGUGGCAUACAAUUCGACAGAAGCCAAAAGUUGUCCAAGUGGUUGAGAUUCCUAAGCCCCAUCCUCUUCUCAGCUCCUAA